CCCUCCCUCCCUUUUCUCUCCCACCCCCGACUGCCUACCAACACCAAACCGCAGCACACAGCGCCACCGCGACUGCGCCACUCCUUGCGUUCCGAGUGACAGAGGCCAUGGCGCUCGCCACCUCCCACCACCGCCACCUCGUCCGCCCCGCCGCCGCGGCCCCUCGCGUGCCGCUGCGUCCCCUCCGCUUCGCCGCCCCCCGAUCUCUCCCGAGGAUUUGUUGCCAAUCUAUCAACUCAGCUAACGUCUUGGGAGCUUCCUCAAUGACAGCUGACGACGCAGUUCCACAACCAGUUGUACUGAUAGACCAAGACUCAGACCGUGAUGCAACCAUUGUGCAGCUGAGUUUUGGAGAUCGUUUGGGGGCACUACUUGAUACGAUGAAGGCACUCAAGGACCUGGGCCUUGAUGUGACGAAAGGAAGUGUGGCAACUGAUUCAUCUGUCACACAAACAAAGUUCCACAUCAUGCGAUUAGGGCGUAAGGUUGAGGACCCUGACAUGUUGGAAACAAUACGACUGACCAUCAUUAACAACCUUCUGCAGUAUCAUCCCGAAUCAAGCGAGAAGCUAGCUAUGGGUGAAUUUUUUGGAAUUAAAGCCCCUGAGAAGAAGGUUGAUGUUGACGUUGCAACACAUGUAAUUGUGCAAGAUGAUGGACCGAAAAGAAGCAUGCUUUACAUAGAGACAGCUGAUCGACCAGGCUUACUCUUGGAAGUAAUCAAGAUCAUUACUGACGUAAACGUUGAUGUGGGAUCAGCUGAGAUUGAUACUGAGGGCUUGGUUGCCAAGGACAAGUUUCAUGUGAGUUACAGAGGCGCAAAACUUAACAGCUCGUUAUCUCAGGUGCUGGUUAAUUGUUUGCGCUAUUACCUCCGGAGGCCCGAGACAGAUGAAGACAGCUAUUGAUGAUUGUUCUGUGGCGGCUCGUUUCGAGUUCCUGCCUAUGAAGCCUUUUGCACUGCAAUUUCUGUUGUAAGCAAAACAAAAUAUGGCACAUGUGUUCCGAAAAUGCAUUAAAACUGGGGCGUCUGAUGCAGUUAUGUUCUAUGGUCGGACAUGUGGCCCUUGGGAGCUUUAGCAGCCCCAUCCCACUGGUUUCCUAGAGGAAUCACAUUGGAAAGCAUUCACGCGUGUCGAGUGUGGUCUGUAAGUUCAUAGUACUAUAAUUCAUGUGCAUGUAAAAAACCAGGUUACGUAUGUGAAGAUCUUGUCUCUCUUCAUGUCA